AUGUACCUUACCACGACAUAUUAUGGCGUACGAGGAUCGAAGAGGGCACGACCCGUAUUCCCCUUCAGGAAGCUCAAUGAUGAGACCGUGCAACUUCUCAAGGAUUGCCCUGUCCGACAGGAUCCGUUGUACUCCAUUCUUGACGCUACAAGAGGGUAUGGCACUUUGAAGCUGAUGGAUGUCUCGGAUGCAUUCUUCCGCAUCCGGACGGGGCCCAACCUACGACAAAUAAUGACGGUGUUUAUCGACGGUCAGCGAUUCUUCUUCUGCAACCUACCCUACGGGCCUAAUUUUUCGCCAUUCGUCCUACUCGCAUGUAUGUCCCAUAUUUGUACCACCGCGAAGUCACCUUACAACAUCAAAUAUUAUAUGGACGAUGUCGCUACGGACCAUCCACAUCCUCAACAGCUGCAGCAGCUCUUCGACAAGUAUCACUUCCCUACUACUCUGGUCGAC